UUUAUUGACUAAUGGAGUACGAAAUACCAAAACAUGACUAAUUGAAUGAUAUUUACAGUAGAGCGAGAUUAGCAGAAAGCGGCGACGGACGACGAUGAUGAUUGGAUGCGAUGUGAAUCAUCAAACAGUAAAAGGUAACGGAAUAUCGAUGCACGUGGCCGAGAAAGGAUCUGGACCGUUGGUGCUACUCCUCCACGGCUUCCCGGAGACGUGGUUCUCCUGGCACCGUCAGAUCGACUUCCUCGCCGCCCACGGCUUCCACGCCGUCGCCCCCGAUCUCCGAGGCUUCGGCGACUCCGACGCCCCCCUCUCCCCUUCCUCCUACACUUGGUUCCACAUCACCGCCGAUCUCAUCUCCCUCCUCGACCACUUCUCCUCUGAAAAGGCGUACGUGGUGGGGACGGACUGGGGAGCCGUCGCCGCCUGGCAUCUGGCCUUGCUCCGCCCCGAUCGAGUCAGAGGAAUCGUCGCUCUCACCGUUCUCUUCGCUCCGCGCUUUACUGAUGUCAAACCUCUUCAAUCGAUGAGGCAGAUGUUCGGAGACGACUUCUACAUCUGCCAGUUUCAGGAGGCGGGGAGAGCGGAGAGGGCGCUGUCGAGGUACGAUUGCGCGACGGUGAUGAAGAAGUUCCUGCUAAUCAACAACAAGGCGGGGAUGCUAAUCGCGCCUCCUGGAACGGAAAUCGUGGAUUACCUAGAGACGCCGGCGGUGACGCCGCCGUGGAUCACGGAGGAGGAGAUUCAGGUGUUCGCCGAUAAAUUCCAGGAGUCGGGGUUCACGGGCGGAUUCAACUAUUAUCGAGCCCUAAACUUGAAUUGGGAGCUGCUGGCGCCGUGGCAAGGGGCGAAGAUCGGAGUUCCGGCGAAGUUGAUUGUGGGGGACAAGGAUAUGGGAUUUGAAAGCGGUGGCACCAAGGAGUAUAUACAGAGCUCCACCUUCAAAACUGUGGUGCCAGAUCAUGAGAUCGUGAUACUUGAUGGUCAUCACUUCAUUCACUUGGAGAGGGCUCACCAAGUUUCCCAAGAGAUUUUGUCCUUCAUUCUUAAACACUCUUGAUCCAACUUCAAAAUAUGGGACUUCGGUUUGUGCGUCACAUUUUCUGGUUUAACUUUGGAUCUUUUUGCUCAAGUGUAGUGUAGAAUGUUGGGUGGGGAUUUCUGUUGAUAUGUAGUGUAAGAAUGCAUACAGAAUUCUUGAGGUUUGUAAUCAAAUGAGGGUUAUUGCUGUUUGAAUGAUGUUUUUUUUUUCUUGAAUUUUUGGAAUGUAUGAAUUCUAGAGGGUUGGACCUAUAUUAAUAUUUCCUUUUUUAGCUAA